AUGAACGGCGACACUUAUUCUUCCAGGGACUCUGGUCGUCCUCGCGACUACUACCGCGACGAGCGACGUGAUCGAGACCGAGGAGAUCGGGGUGAUCGGGCAGAGAGACCUGAGAGAGGAGAGCGACGACGAUCGCGAUCACCUCACUACGGCCCACGAGGCGCGCGUCGUGAGCCUGAAGCCAACUCGUAUUCCUCCAGCCGCGAUUACCGUGCCCGUGAGCGCGAAGACCGCUACUCGAGCGGCCGAAGAGACGACCGGGAAUGGGAUCGUGGAGAUCGAGGAGAUCGAGGAGACCGGGGAGACCGGGGAGGAGAUCGUGGCGAUCGCCGCCGUCGACCUGACCGACCCGACUUUGAAGACAGACCUCCGAGACGUGACCUCUUCGAGGAGCGCCCCCGCCGUGGUGGUGCUGGAGGUGGUGACCGGGACCGUGGAGACCGCGGUGGUGAUAGAAGAGAGCGCAAGAGAUCCGCAACACCCCCCCGGAGGAAGGAGCCUACACCAGACCUGACCGAUGUCCCGUCAAUCUUGGAACGCAAGCGUCGUCUGACUCAAUGGGAUAUCAAGCCCCCGGGUUAUGAGAAUGUCACUGCAGAGCAAGCCAAGCUCUCUGGUAUGUUCCCUCUACCGGGAGCUCCCAGGCAACAACCAAUGGAUCCCAGUCGUCUGCAGGCGUUCAUGGACCAGCCUGCCGGUGCUACGGAAAAUACCGCCCUCAAGCCAUCCAACUCCCGCCAAUCCAAGCGUCUCUUUGUCUACAACAUUCCUCCUGGCACCACUGGGGAUGCCAUAAUUUCGUUCUUCAACCUACAGUUGAAUGGCUUGAAUGUGGUUCACAGCGUCGAUCCUUGUAUUUCUGCCCAGGUCUCAGAAGAUCAGAAAUUCGCUCUCUUGGAAUUUAAAAGCCCUGCUGAUGCCACUGUUGCUCUGGCAUUCGAUGGCAUCACUAUGGCAGAGAGCGGUGAUAAGGGGCUGGAGGUCCGGCGCCCCAAGGAUUACAUUGUGCCCAAUGGAAGUGCAGACCAGGAGUACCAGGAAGGCGUUCUUCUCAGCGAGGUACCCGACUCACCGAACAAGAUUUGCGUGUCCAACAUCCCGUCCUAUAUUCCCGAAGAGCCUGUCACAAUGCUGCUGAAGUCGUUUGGUGAACUGAAGUCAUUCAUCCUGGUCAAGGAUUCUUCCACUGAGGAAUCACGGGGUAUCGCCUUCUGUGAGUAUGCUGAUCCCGCCGCGACUCCUAUCGCUGUGGAAGGUCUCAACGGUAUGGAGCUCGGUGACCGCCAUCUUAAGGUCGUCCGCGCUAGUAUCGGUACUACCCAGGCAGCUGGUCUGGACAUGGGAGUCAAUGCGAUGUCGAUGUUUGCCAAGACUACUUCACAAGAUAUGGAGACUGGUCGUGUUCUGCAGCUUCUGAACAUGGUCACUGUCGAUGAACUUCUUGAUAAUGAUGACUAUGAGGAGAUCUUGGAGGAUGUCACUGAGGAGUGUGGAAAGUUCGGAAAGGUCUUGAGCCUGAAGAUUCCUCGCCCCAGCGGUGGCAGUCGUAGCUCCUCGGGCGUUGGGAAGAUCUUCGUCAAGUUCGACACCGAGCAAUCGGCGACCAAUGCCUUGAAGGCACUGGCUGGCCGUAAGUUCUCAGACCGAACUGUCGUUGUUUCUUACUUCGGAGAGGAAAAUUUCGAUGUUGAUGCUUGGUGA